CCUCCUCCUCCUCCGCCGCCGCCGCCGCCACUUUCUCGCUCGCUCCCGUUCCCCGGACGCGGCGGAUGAGCCGGCCCCGCUGGGGACGGCUCCGGGCGGCGGCGGGCGGCCGGGAGGAGGCUGCGUGCUCGGGGCUGGGGCUGCGAGCGGGGUGAUUUUGUAUUAAAAUGAGGAGGAGGAAGAAGAGGCACCCACAGCGGCAGCGGCGGCGGCGGCGGCAGCAGCAGCAGGAGCAGCGGCGGAGAGGGCUGCAGCCCGGGCGGACGCGCGGAGCCGAGCGGGGCACGGCGGCGGCAGCGACAGCGGCCGGGAUGAGUCAACUAAUAAUUUAAUGGGGGCAGAGACGGCAGCGAGGGGGAGAGCGAGCGAGGGAGAGAGCGAGCGAAGCAGCCCCGUCCGGGGACUCGCGCUCACACGCACACACACAAACACACACACACCUCUCCCUGUGCCACCCAGCAACACCCGGCCUCGUCACAACAACAACAGCCGCGGCCGCCCUCUAGCCUGCCCGGGGGCCCAGCCGAAAGCCAGGGCGACUCUAGAGGACGCUGCCCGCCCCCCUUUUUCAUUUCGGGAAACUCCUGAUCAGUUUUGUUGGGGUUUCUGGGUUUCUUUUCCCCCCAAGUCCUAGUGCCAUUGUGGUGCUCGUUGUUUACCUCGGACUCUGGACGAGUGAGAGCUUGGCGACUUUUUGGGGGGAGGGGGCGGGGAGUUUGUCGCUGCCUAGGCGGUGGAGGUGGCUGGGGGUGCCUUCUGAUCUUCCUUCUCCUCCCCCUCCCCCCGAACCUCUUCUCUCCUCACUUGCUGGGACCCCAGACGCUCACAGCGCCGCGUCAAUGGGCAGGGAGAGGGUCCUUGGGGCUGUUGUCAGCGAGGGCAGAAUCAAAAGUGGCAUUUUAGUGCUUUUCCGGGGCUUUUCUCGCGACCCUCUGCCCCCUACCCUCGCUGUCCCCCGCUAGAUGCCCUCGUUGGGGGUGCGAGGCUGUGGGGAAAAGUUUAAGGUUUGUUAAUAUUAGUCGCGAUUGUUGGGGAGGGGGGUGGGGGUGAUUGGAAGGGAGGCGAGGUGGCCUUCCCAGUGCGCGUUCUUCGGGGUUAUUGAAGAAUAAUAUUGCAAGUGACAGCCAGAAGUAGACUUUCUGUCCUCACACCGAAGAACCCGAGCGAGCAGGAGGGAGGGAGAGACGCGAAGAGAGCUUUUUUCGUUUUUGGAGACCUUGUCCGCAGUGAUUUUUUUUUUUUUUUUUUUUUUUAAAAGAGAAUCCUCAGUCACCACCUCGUUUCCCCAGCACCAUCACAGUGUACAGCUCACAACGGGUUUUGCUUUGUUUUUACGAUUUCCCCCCAACGAAUCACUUGUCAGAUCAAUUUUAUCUUCUUCCUCCUCCCUGCUUCCCACUCUCCCCUCCUCCCCAUCGCAAACCCCGUUCUCUGAGGUUAGACAUUUUACAAACCCAUAUAUGUUGGUUUUCGAAUUGUGAUUUUUUUUUUUUAAAAACCCCUUUCUCAUGGCUACUCUUCUAGACGUUUAUUUCUGCCCUUCCCCCGCUUAGGGGGGCGGGGGUAGGGGAAAGGAAAAUAAUACAAUUUCAGGGGAAGUCGCCUUCAGGUCUGCUGCUUUUUUUUUUUUUUUUUUUAAUUAAAAAAAAAAAGGACAUAGAAAACAUCAGUCUUGAACUUCUCUUCAAGAACCCGGGCUGCAAAGGAAAUCUCCUUUGUUUUUGUUAUUUAUAUGCUGUCAAGUUUUGAAGUGGUGAUCUUUAGACAGUGACUGAGUAUGGAUCAUUUGAACGAGGCAACUCAGGGGAAAGAACAUUCAGAAAUGUCUAACAAUGUGAGUGAUCCGAAGGGUCCACCAGCCAAGAUUGCCCGCCUGGAGCAGAACGGGAGCCCGCUAGGAAGAGGAAGGCUUGGGAGUACAGGUGCAAAAAUGCAGGGAGUGCCUUUAAAACACUCGGGCCAUCUGAUGAAAACCAACCUUAGGAAAGGAACCAUGCUGCCAGUUUUCUGUGUGGUGGAACAUUAUGAAAACGCCAUUGAAUAUGAUUGCAAGGAGGAGCAUGCAGAAUUUGUGCUGGUGAGAAAGGAUAUGCUUUUCAACCAGCUGAUUGAAAUGGCAUUGCUGUCUCUAGGUUAUUCACAUAGCUCUGCUGCCCAGGCCAAAGGGCUAAUCCAGGUUGGAAAGUGGAAUCCAGUUCCACUGUCUUACGUGACAGAUGCCCCUGAUGCUACAGUAGCAGAUAUGCUUCAAGAUGUGUAUCAUGUGGUCACAUUGAAAAUUCAGUUACACAGUUGCCCCAAACUAGAAGACUUGCCUCCCGAACAAUGGUCGCACACCACAGUGAGGAAUGCUCUCAAGGACUUACUGAAAGAUAUGAAUCAGAGUUCAUUGGCCAAGGAGUGCCCCCUUUCACAGAGUAUGAUUUCUUCCAUUGUGAACAGUACUUACUAUGCAAAUGUCUCAGCAGCAAAAUGUCAAGAAUUUGGAAGGUGGUACAAACAUUUCAAGAAGACAAAAGAUAUGAUGGUUGAAAUGGAUAGUCUUUCUGAGCUAUCCCAGCAAGGCGCCAAUCAUGUCAAUUUUGGCCAGCAACCAGUUCCAGGGAACACAGCCGAGCAGCCUCCAUCCCCUGCACAGCUCUCCCAUGGCAGCCAGCCCUCUGUCCGGACACCUCUUCCAAACCUGCACCCUGGGCUCGUAUCAACGCCUAUCAGUCCUCAAUUGGUCAACCAGCAGCUGGUGAUGGCUCAGCUGCUGAACCAGCAGUAUGCAGUGAAUAGACUUUUAGCCCAGCAGUCCUUAAACCAACAAUACUUGAACCACCCUCCCCCUGUCAGUAGAUCUAUGAAUAAGCCUUUGGAGCAACAGGUUUCGACCAACACAGAGGUGUCUUCCGAAAUCUACCAGUGGGUACGCGAUGAACUGAAACGAGCAGGAAUCUCCCAGGCAGUAUUUGCACGUGUGGCUUUUAACAGAACUCAGGGCUUGCUUUCAGAAAUUCUCCGAAAGGAAGAGGACCCCAAGACUGCAUCCCAGUCUUUGCUGGUAAACCUUCGGGCUAUGCAGAAUUUCUUGCAGUUACCGGAAGCUGAAAGAGACCGAAUAUACCAGGACGAAAGGGAAAGGAGCUUGAAUGCUGCCUCGGCCAUGGGUCCUGCCCCCCUGAUAAGCACACCACCCAGCCGCCCUCCCCAGGUGAAAACAGCUACUAUUGCCACUGAGAGGAAUGGGAAACCAGAGAACAAUACCAUGAACAUUAAUGCUUCCAUUUAUGAUGAGAUUCAGCAGGAAAUGAAGCGCGCUAAAGUGUCUCAAGCACUGUUUGCAAAAGUUGCAGCAACCAAAAGCCAGGGAUGGUUGUGCGAGCUGUUACGCUGGAAAGAAGAUCCUUCUCCAGAAAACAGAACCCUGUGGGAGAACCUCUCCAUGAUCCGAAGGUUCCUCAGUCUUCCUCAGCCAGAACGUGAUGCCAUUUAUGAACAGGAGAGCAACGCCGUGCAUCACCAUGGCGACAGGCCGCCCCACAUUAUCCAUGUUCCAGCAGAGCAGAUUCAGAGCCCCUCUCCCACCACCCUUGGGAAAGGAGAGUCUAGAGGCGUUUUCUUACCAGGCCUGCCGACCCCUGCACCAUGGCUCGGUGCUGCGCCUCAGCAACAGCAGCAGCAACAGCAACAGCAGCAGCAGCAGCAGCAGGCACCGCCGCCUCCACAGCCACAGCAGCAGCCACAGGCAGGCCCUCGGCUCCCCCCACGGCAACCCACGGUGGCCUCUCCAGCAGAGUCAGAUGAGGAAAACCGACAGAAGACCCGGCCACGAACAAAAAUUUCAGUGGAAGCCUUGGGAAUCCUCCAGAGUUUCAUACAAGACGUAGGCCUGUACCCUGACGAAGAGGCCAUCCAGACUCUGUCUGCCCAGCUCGACCUUCCCAAGUACACCAUCAUCAAGUUCUUUCAGAACCAGCGGUACUAUCUCAAGCACCACGGCAAACUGAAGGACAAUUCCGGUUUAGAGGUCGAUGUGGCAGAAUAUAAAGAAGAGGAGCUGCUGAAGGAUUUGGAAGAGAGUGUCCAAGAUAAAAAUACUAACACCCUUUUUUCAGUGAAACUAGAAGAAGAGCUGUCAGUGGAAGGAAACACAGACAUUAAUGCUGAUUUGAAAGACUGAGAUAUAAGUAUUUGUUUCGUUCAACAGUGCCACUGGUAUUUACUAACAAAAUGAAAAAGUCCACCUUGUCUUCUCUCAGAAAACCUUUGUUGUUCAUUGUUUGGCCAAUGAAUCUUCAAAAACUUGCACAAACAGAAAAGUUGGAAAAGGAUAAUACAGACUGCACUAAAUGUUUUACUCUGUUUUACAAACUGCUUGGCAGCCCCAGGUGAAGCAUCAAGGAUUGUUUGGUAUUAAAAUUUGUGUUCACGGGAUGCACCAAAGUGUGUACCCCGUAAGCAUGAAACCAGUGAUUUUUUUUUUUUUUUUUUUUUUUGUUCUUAUUCUGGAGCCUCAAACAAGCAUUAUACCUUCUGUGAUUAUGAUUUCCUCUCCUAUAAUUAUUUCUGUAGCACUCCACACUGAUCUUUGGAAACUCGCCCCUUAUUUAAAAAAAAAAAAGGAAAAAAGAGUUUGUUACUCUAUUGUAUGUUACAAAAGAACUAUAGACUGUGGAAUGCAGUUUAAAGAUGACAUAUGCCAACAAAUGCCUUGUAUUAUAUGGCACUGCCGUAAUUCAAAUUUGUUUUUAUUUUGGAAAUAAAAGUUCACUGUAAUUUUUUUUCAUUCUCAUUGUUACAUGAUUUUUUAAAAAAAGGAAAAGAAAAUGUGAAACACAAUUUAGUCCUCAUUAUUUAUUUGUAGAUCCUGCAGCAUCAUGUUGUAAUUAAUUUUUUGGAAGUUUCCGUUAAAUGUAAUAUUGCUUCUCUUGUUACCAUACUGAUUCUUUUCUAUUUAUAAAUGUAUUUUGAUGGGCAGUAAAACAAAGUGUCUUAAAAGUUUUAAAUAGAGAAAAUGUGCUUUACACAGUUGCCUAUAAAAAGUGCUCUAUGUUAUCCAAGCAAUUCAUACUAUAAGCUUCACUCUUAUUGUUGUAUGCAAUUUUUACUAUCAUGCAAAUAAGCUUAGGUAAAUAAAACUAAUAGAUCACCUUAGAAAAUUAUGCAAUUAAUGUGAAAAUAAUUGAUGUUUGCAAUGUGUCUUCCUUUGGUUUACAAUCAAUUUUAAAGCUACAUCUGUAUAAAAUUUCUGUAUAAAGGUGUAUUUCUUUUUUAUGAGUUUAUGGCUAUGAAAACACCAGCUAUUUUGUUACAGCUGGCUGUUUUUAUAAGUGUAUCACAAUUUUCUUUAUGCAGAAAUGUUCUGACUAGGAGUGGUUAUUGACUGUAACUACACAAUUAAAAUUGUUUGUAUCGUAUGACAUGGUAGGGUUUGUCUGCUUAUGUGAAGUAACUAAAGAGUCAAAGGAUGGCCCUCUCAUUUAGGUGCAUGUUAAUACUUGUUAUUUUACUGAUUUUAGAAAGAGCAAUUGACAAGUUACUUGAAACACUGUAAAUUUAAAUCACAAACACAUGCUCAUUUUUAAAUAGGUAUGAAAUUUCACAAUGAAAAUAACCUGUUUUGGUUAACAUUUUGCUUAAUAAGUAGAGAUAGGAUGGUCAAGACUCUCCAACAAAAACAAAUCCAGUCUCUAGCAGUUAUGUUGUUAGAAUGGAUUCAUCUGUGCUUAUUUCGCAAUACUUCAUUUAUAGCAACGCUUUUCCUUAAGCUAAUGUACAAAUAUUUCUAAAGGCCAUUAAUAGUAACAAAAUAAGUAGGAGAAAAAUUGACCUUCUGUAUAAAAACCCCUUAGCUUUUUUUUUUUUUACAAGUUAUAAGUGGAAUAAGUUAAUAACUGAGCUCAUAAGUGUACGUCAUAACUAUAAGAGCUACAUGAAGAAAAUAGGAUAACACACUUGGUAUUUAAACACAAUCUUCAAAAUUCUUGCAACAUUAAACAUAGUAAAAUGCCAGAAUAUAAAAUGAGGUGUGCUAAUGGUCACAGGAUUGAGGCCAGCAUUACAGUUUGGGGUGAUUUUUCUUUUAUUUGCCUCCUCACUUUGUUUCCUAGAUGCCAGUAGGGGUAUCUGGGUUGCUUGAGAUACCAUUUUGCAAUUGCCCCUUCUCUUUCUGCCUACCAUCUUCUCAGGCCCUGAUGAGCUUAUUGGUAGGCAACUGGGCUGCUUUAAUGUUGAACUUGUACUUUAGAAACUGAAAUGGAAUCAUUGAAAACUUUCAAUAAAGCUUUAAAGUUCCAUUUACUUUUGAAGCACAGCUAAGCUCCUCUGAAGGCAGCUGGUUUGUUGCAAACUUAAAAUUAUACUGAAAAGUUGCCACUUUUUAUUUAGUAAGAAAACUAAAUAAAGAGUUCAGAAAACUAAAUAAAGAGCUCACUAGAGUUCAGAAAAGUAAUAAUUUGAGCCAAAGGAAUUUGAAUUAAGAAAAUAGAAACUAGGUUUCAUGUAUUUAAAAAAUAGGAAAUAAAAUAGAAACUCGAGUGCCAUGAAGUUAUCUUCCUCUUCCUUAUAUCCCCUAAGUUUAAGGGAAAAGGCUGGAUACAGCAGAGUAGAAUUGAUAACCUUUAUUUUUAACCAGCCCAACCCUUAAUACAAGGUGUCAAAUAGGUAUGAAAUACAGUAAUUUUUUUUGGAAGGAGAAAUUGGGUUGCAAAUAACUUAUAACUUUCCCAUUCCUAAUAACCUAAAUUAUUUUGAAAUAAAGUUUUCAGUGAAAUGAUGUUUGGUAAUCAACAUAACAAUGCUAACAAAAUUCCCACUUAGAUUUUUUAACUUUUAAAAGUCAGCGUGGUUUUGAUAAUUUGAUAUUUUAAAUGACCCCCCUACACAUACACACACACACACACAAGCACAUGUUAAUAAACUGAUAGGAUGGAGUGAGCAAAAUUGUUUUCAGGGAAGAUGGCACAUUUUAGAAAAGACUUGCCCAGAUGAUCUUCCAUAUUGCUCCCCCACUGUCAUUUAUCGCUCAUGCCAAUCCUCCUCUUGUUACCUGUGGCUAUGGUAAAAUUCCUUUAACAAGCUUCAUUGUGUCCAAGUAUUUCAGAGACUUUUAAAAGCUAGGCAUGACAUAGCGUUUUGUGCUGUUAAGACCUUAGCAGAGUCAGGUAGUUUACGGGUAAUAUUCAACCUUGUGCAUCUGAAUCUGUCAUGGAUUCCCUUCACUCAGCACUUUGCCACUAAUUUGUAUUACACUCUGUGGCCAUACAAUACUUGCACAUUAUGCAAAAAAAAUGUUGAUAGUAUCUCCUUGCCACACAAUAUGCAGAGUUGACACAUAACCUUUGAAAACCAAGGUAACUAAUAUGUAUGUCCUAGUUGUGUGGCGCUUGGUAACAAAGUCUGUACAUAUUAUGUAUACAAUGUGUAUUGGUUAGCAUUUAGUACUAAGAAAUUCUGAGCUUAAAAUAAGUGAUUUUUUUCAAAGUAGCGAUAUCUAUAUCUGUGUUUAUCUAAAAAUACUAGCUUGAAUAGAAAACAUUCUCAAAUGGUUCAAGAUUGAGUAAAAAUGAGAAUCCCAUACAUUCCAUUAUUAAAUUCUGCCCUAUUCCCAAUUGUUAGCAUCUGGCUGAUAUUAAGGUCUUUGAUUGUCACAAUAUUCUCAAUAAAUGAGACAUUCUGAACUGCCUGGUGAUAUUUUCAAAAAGAGCAAUUAAAAUGUGUAUUCCCUCUAA